AUGUUCAAUAGAAUCUCAACUGUGGCCUUGAUGUUGAGUUUGAUCUUUGUGAGGUUUGCUAUGGGAUCGGAGUCAGACAUGCAACACUUUAUUAUGGAUCAGUGGAACAGUGCGCGGAUUCGAGAGAAUGAUAUGCGUGUUAGCUACCAAGCAGCCUGUAAAGCUGUAGCAGACGAAAUGGAGACUGCCAGGCAAGCAAAUAGGAUGGCGCUCCGUUACGGUGAGAAUCAUCCGGACACCAAGCGUUUCCGUGAUAUUCAAAGCCAUUACGAUCACGUUUCUCAGGUAGCUCGCAAUGAUAACAUAGAUGCGAAGAACCAUUACGGUUGAAAGCAGCAUGCAAGUUGUGUAGAGAAGACACUCCCAACCACAACCAGUUGGUCAGAAAUUUUUCCCACAGUGAUUAUCAUUUUAUGAUCUCCUCUCUGUCUAUGCUCCUCUGGUGUCUAUGUUUCCCCUGGCGAUUUUUUUCCCUUCAUCUUGCCUACUUUUCUCUGUACUGUAGUGAUCUGAUCAUGGCAGAUUGCUAAUUGGAGCUUCGACUGCACUUUGGGCAAAC